GCUACAUGUGUAGCUACUUUUGCUACGAGGAUAAUCAGGCAAUGAAUCACAUUCAUUCGUUCGCUCGUUGUUGAACGUGGCCCAACUCUCGCAAUGGGCUGCCCCUCUUGCAAACGGGAAACCACUCCCACAGUUAGCGCUGGUCAGCCCCAUUCGCUCUGAGAACAGAGGCAGCACAAGACUGUGAGGAGUGGGGGACCCGAACUGACAUCUCAUUCCUGCAGCAACCUCGCCAGCAGCGGCAGCAGCACAAAGUGUGGCUCAGUCUUUACUCGCCUAACAAAAGUUCCAACAACCCUUCUCGGCUCUGUGCGUCUGUUCCUUGUGUCAAGUAGUGUGGCCUGUCAGUAAAGAGACCCUGAUUUUUCCAGAGCUGUGCCACAGCUUAUGUUGAAUUCAUUCAUCAGCUACCGUUUGUGUUCACGUUCCAAUGGAGCUAGAGUCUCAAAUGCACAAGAUGGCCCUGUCUGGAGGGCCUGCUCAUCAGCCAUGCAUGAAGUGUCAGGAGAACUGUUCGGGCUUUGAGCUCCACACUUGGAGAAAGUCGUGCGCCCGCUGUUGGUGCGGCCCCGAGGAGCACGGGGUGGACAGCGACGUCGCCGAGGACCAGCGGCUCGGCUGGCUGCUCGCCGGCUCGCGGCACGCGCACAUGGCGGCCAGGAGGAGGGCAGACGCCGAGGGCGGCGCCGAGGGGGCCCUCCGCUACGUCUACAAGCGCCACCGCAUGAUCAUCACGCGGCCGCUCACCUCGCGCAAGGACCCCACCUUCGAGAGCCUGGCAUACGAGUGGGUGCCACCCGGAGUGAGCCAGGCGCUGGCGGUGGGCUUCAUGAGUGCCUUGCCGGACGACAAGCAGCCGGUGGCGGGCACGGAGGGCGAGCGCUACCGCCAGAGGCAGCUGUGCCGCCAGCUGCCGCCCCACGACCGCGACCCGUCGCUCUGCCACGACCUCUCGCCCGCCGAGGUCCGCGCCGCGGCCGAGUUCGCUCGGCGGUGCGCGGCCGAGACGCUGGCGGUCGGCGCCGUGUGCCGACCCAAGGACUUCAUCGCUCAGCUGCAGCAGGCACAAGACAAGGACGGGACCAGAGGCGAGGGAAAACAAGGCGAUAAGAACAGCACUGACCAAGAGGAAUCAUCUCCCAAAGAAUUUCUGUGUCCCACGUGUGGCCUGAGCGUGGGCGUGGAGGAGCCGGCGGUGCUGGCUCGGCUCGGGGCCGACCCCCUGGCCUGGCACCCCGCCUGCUUCUCCUGCAGCGAGUGCUCCGAGCUGCUCGUCGACCUCAUCUACUUCCCGCACGGGGACCGCCCGCUCUGUGGCCGCCACUACGGGGAGGCACUCUUCCCACGGUGCCCGGCGUGCGACGAGCUCAUCUUCUCCCAGGACUGCGUGCGCAUCGGCGGGAGAGCCUGGCACAGGAAGCACUUCAGCUGCGCCGCUUGCGACGCCACGCUGCCCGAGGAGCCGUGCAGCGUUGACGAUGGGGAGCGGCUCCUGUGCCGGCAGUGCAAGGGCAGCGCCGCAGCCGGGCCCCGGCUCGGCGUCUGAGUCCACGCGGUGUCGUCCGGGACGCACGCACGCACUAACGUACGUGUAACACGCACGUUGGUACGGACGUUGGUACGGACGUUAGUACGUACCAACGCGCGCACUAACGUACGCUAACACGUACGUUGGUACGGACGUGCGCGACCGUCGUUGUGACCCGGCGGGUGACACCAGCUUAUGGCACACACAAAGCGGUGAAACCCAGCCGACAAAGAGCAGUGUGAAAGACCAGAAUAUGAGAAGCGUCAUAUGUACGGUGCAAAAGACAAGUGUCAUAUUCGAAUCUAUCAUCCCAGUGCAGCGUAUAGGACCAGCUCAAAAGACGAACAUUUGAGUCUACUGUCUGAGAUCCAAGUAUAUGAUGAGUGUCAUAUGCUCGAAAUGCAAGAACAGCGUGCAUGAGCAGUGUUAUAUGACCGGCAUUGAACCCUAACACCUGAGUUAAGAUUAUGAUACCGGCAUAACGGAUGAGCAGUGAAACGCAGCGUACAAUAGCGGUGUACGAGACCAGAUACGACGAGGGUCCGAGAUAGCAAUACAAGAACGGUGUGCACGGUCGCCAUUUACGCUGAGCAUAUGAGGCCAGCAUCCAAGAGCAGAAUUGGAAUCUCUUGCUCGAGAUCAAAAGAGGUCAGGAUAAGAGACAAUAAUUUAAUCCCAGCCGAUGAGAUCACCAUACUUGAUCAGCAUAUGAGACCGGCGGUUAUAAUCUAUUGUCCCAGACCGGCGUAUAGGACCAAAAUGUGAGACCAGCUUUCAAGGUGAACAUUAGAAUCUACUGUCUGUGACUGGAGUACAACACCUACCUGCAUAUGAGACCAACUUAUGAGACAGAGUUACGAUCUAUCAUCCUCGAAGAGUGUACAUGAUGACUUAAAGCUUUCGUGACUACGGGAAUUCAUAUUCUUUGGGUCUUUCGGUAAAGCACGUCGAUAGGUUAUUUUAUUUGAACCUAUCUACGUGACUUUACCGAAAGACCCAAAGAAUAGUGUACGUGAUCUACACAUGGGAUUAGUAUACGAGAACAACACGCUUAUGUACGGUCUGAAUGCAGUAUGCAAGACCAACAUAAUCUACUCUCUCAUACUACUGUGCAAGACUUACAUGUGUGACCAGAAUAAGAGAGCGCAUUGUAAUCCAUUGUCUUGGACUAUAGCGCAGAGACCAGCUAUAGAAACCAGCUGCUGGUUUCACUUCAACCCACAGCCGCUGAAAUAAAGCAACAGCAAAACAAAUGUUUCUCUGCAACACAACUAAUCAAUCUGUGCCGUGGCUGGGGGCUAUUUUGGUAACAUCUGAAGAGCAGUAUUUAUCCUGCAGCGCGGUUCGUUUCUACGUUGCGUGCCUUCAUGUUGCGUGUGCAUUGCGUGUAGGGAGAUGAAAUCAGGCGCACGUGGGAGUGAGAUGGAUCGCAGCUGCCCGGGAUGGGGAUUGAUGGUGUACCGAUGUAAAACGGCUUCACCCCUCCCAAUAGGGAUCGCCAUUGGCCCGCGUUCAUGAGAUGCAUAGUUUGUGAAGCACUUACCUGAUGAAAACAUGUCCCGUUCACAACAAAUUCUACUUUAGCCUGAACGUGAUCACCGUUAUAACUAUACACCUUUCACCACGCUGGUCGGCGCGGGUUGGUAAAACAUGCCAAUGUGCGUGUGUGUUCCCAAACUUGUGGCAAAUCAACGAAGCCAUGGGUUUGAGUUGUUUGCUCAGGAUGUGAAUCUGGCCUUUUGACUUAAUCUAAAAAAAACUACGGCAAACCAUUUGAAUCCGCCCUUGUGAAAUGUGGCGAACUUGCAUUCGGAUCGUAGGCGUGUGCGGGUAGCAGCGAUUGGUCCUUGAGGGUUAACGUUUUCGGGGCUCAUCUUUGUUCCAGGGCCACGUGAUUGCCCUGGGAAAAUUGUGAGUUUCCCAAACGGCGGCCGUGGCAGGGGUUUAAUGUUCUGGUCAGAUCACCGUAGCAGGCAGUGUCUCGAUCACAGCCACCGCCGAGAUGUUUCUCGCCUUCUCUCAUCCGUUAUCACUGCUGCCGAUUCAUUCAUCUCGUGUCCACCCUGCCGUACCAACUUCGGUCAAUCAAAUCAUUCGUGGGCGCAAAGGCACCGAUGCUUAAAUCGCCAGCCGCGGCGCGGCUCCUCUGGCAGGCGACAACGGGAGCAGGCGAGGCGUUCUGAUCCUAACGUUGCUUCUUAGGGGCCAUCCAUUUAGUAGGUACGCAAACAUCUGUCAAAACUUGACCCCUCUCCCCCUCCCUGUACGCACG